AUGAAGGACAAUACAGGAGGACGGCCUGCUGAAAGGUCUGCAGCCUGUUCGACAUGCGGCAAGACCUUCGCACGGUCUGACACGCUGCUUCGUCAUGAGAAGAGCCAUCAUUCAAGUGUUGACCGCGGCCCUGUCCAUCGAGUGACGAAUGGGACGUUUCGAGCGUGCCGUGCUUGCGCGACUGCGAGAUCAAGAUGCUCUGGUGGAUCGCCUUGCGGUAGAUGCAAUGUUCGCAGUCUCGAAUGUGUCUACCCUAACAAACGCCGCAAGAUGCCCUCCUCCGCCGACGAGGGGGGCAACAACGAGCAAAAUCCAGGGCAGCAUCUUGUCGGGCAGUUCAGUGAGAUAUCCUUCGCUCCAGAUGGUGCAUCCCAGCUGCGGCCAGACUCUGGAACCCACACUGGCACAUCCGCGACGCUACCAGGGCAAAUGCAAGCAGGGUCGAGCUUGUUGUCAAUCCUGUCGCCCGAUCGCACUGACCGGGAAUCAGGAGUUCAACCUGGAGAAGAGUCAGUGGGUCUUGACACCAUACCUCCUUCGUCGCAGGGCAUGCAGAACGACCAUUACGGCUACAACGCAAUGGUUCCUUCUCACCAUGCAGAAUUUGCCGGAGCCCGGAGCACGUUCGAUUACAGUCCAUUCGAUGAACCUUUGAAUUGGAUCCCCCCAAGCAUAUAUCCAUCUCCGUACGACGCCGAGCUUGAGCAAGACUUCUCAUUUAUCCUCCCUACACUAGAAGAGACGCCAAAUUUCGACAGCGAAUAUGGCUUGACAGUGCCUGUCGAUUCCAGCACCCACACGUAUCACAUUCCGUCAAACACGUCGCUCCACGCGAGUGAUGCACAAAACGUUCCACUUUCUCUAGCAGUGUUUGGGCAAAGCCCUGCAUCCUCGGCAAGCGACGGUAUAUAUCACUCCCAAUCGAUGAAUAGCAUCUCCACGAAUUCAGACUUGAAGCGCAAGAAGAGGAAAUCAUCCAUGGUGCUUGAUACCUUUGCUCAUCCACGGAAGCAAAAGUCUCAGUAUGCCUUUCCAGAGUCAAUGGACUCAUGGAGCUCAAUGUCCUCCGAGGUCGCCCCAGAGUAUUGCUCGGCGAAAACGCAUGAAAUGGUCUCAGGAUAUUUCCACCAGAUGUGCUUGCAGACCACUAUGCCACCACCAUUUCAAUCACCUGCUUUCCCGCCUGCAACGGUAUUCAACACGUGCAUUGCCCUCUACUUUGGAAACUUCCAGGACAAUUUGCCUCUAAUACACCGACCUUCUUUCGGGCCCGAGACACAUUGGAUAGUUGUUCUUGCAGUCGCGACGAUCGGGAGCACCUUCGCAAAGGCCACAUAUGCUUCCGACAUCCAAGACGCGUUUCAGGAAUUCUUACGUCGGGCGGUCGAACGCCAUUCAGACGGUUUACCCGAUGCUUCCCUUGAGCUCUCAAUUGCACAAGCACGUAUCUUGAAUCUGAUCGGUCUUGUGCAGUCAGAGCGCGAGCAGCUUAGGGCGCUAGCGCCGCGUUACCACGCAGACCUGUCACGCUGGUGCCUGGAGUCUGGAGUCCUGCAGCUAUCAGCGACCGGUGCUAGCCAAGCGACCUCCGAGGCCUUUGACAACGUGUCACAGCGCUGGCGGGUAUGGAUCAAAGCCGAGUCCUUGCGUCGAAUCGGUUAUCUCUGUUGGAUGCUAGAUUGCGCGCUGGGCUACAUGGCAAACGCUCGACCGCUCUGUAAUAUGGACGACGCAAGGACACCUUUACCAUGUCCUGAAACCCCCUGGAAUGCCUCGAGCGCAGAAACCUGGGCUACUAUUGCACAUGACAUACCCGAGACACCAUCGCUCUGUGUUGCGCUCGAAAAUUUAUACAAUAGCAAGAAGGUGGAACCCUCUUACAGUGACUUGUCGCAAGUUCUGAUCAUCCACGCACUCUAUCAGCGCACUUGGGAAGUGGGAACUCAUAUCAAGCAGCCGCUUAGCGAAUGGGUUCCUACUGGGAAAGCCAGGGGUUUCUUGAACACACCAUCCAAGGACAACUUUUGGCUUCCACUUUACCCACUCUACGCCAAUUGGCGCAAUAGCGCGUGCGACUGUCUCGACGUCAUCCACUGGCAGGCCUCGAGCGUGGUUGCGAAGGCAUCGGGCAUAGAGCAUCCUCUCAUCCUCCAUCUUCAUCUUGCACGGAUUGUGCUCCUCACGCCGUUUCAAGAGAUUCAGGAUUUGCUGUUCUCCCUUGUCGGCAAAGUUGGCAACUCUCCAAAGGCAUCCUUCUACGUCCAUGACGGUAGCUAUCAACCCCGAAACAGCGCAAAGCUGCCUCAGAUCCGUAAGAUCACGUGGCGAUGGCUGCGGGAGGACCAGCACAAAGCCCGUCUGGCAAUGGUUCACGCCGGUUCGGUGUUCUGGUAUGUCCGGCGAUACUCUGCAAUGAGCUUCUUCGAGCCCUUGGCCGUUUACCUGGCGAGCUUAAGCUUGUGGACCUAUGCCUCGUACAAGUCUGCUGCCUUGGAUCGUGAUGCAGCCGCGGCCAACAACAGGCCCGAGGGCGGUCCCAGUGGCCCAGAUGCAAGUGCUCCUGUACAGCCAUCUCGUAUGGAAAGGAAGGAGCAUCCCAUCAAAUUCAUGAGCAAGGCGGCCAAUCGGCCUGACAGUGUGUCCACCUCAACAAUGACCCCAUCUAGCUCCGCGCUGUCGCACUCUGGGACUGAUGCCACGCCGGCCAAGAAGGAGGGUACAGCGGCGUCUCCCCCGGCACCCAUCCCUGAGUCUGCGAGUGACGACGAUGAUGAUGCAUCGUCAUCAUCCUCCGACGAACAACCCGAAUUCAUCCACUUAGACCGACCGUGUGACGAUGAGAUGGUGCAACAUUUCGUUCGCAACGGCCACAACAUGUCCGGCCACAUGACCAACGUGGGGGACAUCUGCACAACUCCACACAAGGUCUUGCUUGAAGGGGCUAAAUUGCUGAGAACAAAGUUGGCAUGUUGGGGCGUCAGUCGAGAGUACUACGAUAUAUUGAUGAAGUUGGCGGAACUCAGAAAAGCGACUUGA